GGGCAGAGGUUUCUCGUGCACGCACACACAUGCAUAAGCACACGCGGAAUGAGGUAAAGCUUAGUCAGACCUCACAGCCCAAAGUGAGUCCAUCGAGCUGUGGCGUUUCCCAGCGUCAGAAAGUCGAGGCUUGUUCCUUUUACUCAUGCUGUAGUCAGAUUGAGCCACUUGAAUAGCUUACUCUACAACUUACAGCAACAACAUGGGAGCCUGCUACUUUGACAAGAAAGAGAGGAAAUUGGGGAAGCUCAAUGGUUGGAGAAAGCUUUCUUAAUCAAGCCAACUCCCUGCAAGCAGAGGGAGAAAAAAGGGAGGCAGGGAGAUGGAACAGAAGGAGACGUGCUUACAGAGCAAUAGCAGCACAAAGGAAGGCUGUGAAAAAUGACCGAAAGGAUGACAAACAAAAUAAGCAAUUAGUAAAAUCACAUUGUAUGCACCAUUACAAAAUUCUGAUGUGAAGCUUUGUAUGAAAAGAGAUACCCAGAGAGCUGUAAGUGACACAUCUUCCUCGUGUCAUCUGGCCAAUGGGAGGAGAACAGACCUACCUACCCCCUCUGGAUAACCAAAGAAAUCAAAUACAUAUUGCAAAUGUUACAGUCAUGCUAAAACAUACAGUAUGUGUUUAAACAUACAUGCAUGUGUCAGCAUGCUUACCUGCAGAUAGUGGCUUUGUAGGCUACGACUGCACCUCUGUGUCUGUGUCUGCGUGUGUGUGUGUUUGUGUGUGUGCACUUGGAGUUUCUUGAAGCCUGUGGGGAAGCACAGCUCUUCAUCACACUGCAGAGAGAUAUCACCAACUGGUAUCUCUGCUUGAUAUAUUAUGCAGCACAAUAUUAUAUAAAGAGCUGCCUCCCCUCUUGCACUUUUUAUUUUUCCGCCUUAUUUUCUUGCAUACUAUCUCCCUGCAUUCGGUUCUUUCCCUCUGUGGGAGGAUAAUCUGGAAUCCUCCCGGGUAAGCUUUGAUCUCCCCCUCAUCUUUAUCUUUUAUGUACACACAAACCGUUCAGCCAAAAGCUAACUUGUGGGUUCCCAUGGAUUGGCACUCUCAGAUUUUAGCAAGAGGAUCUCCCUGCAAAGCCGUGCUGCAAUUUUUAAGUUUGUUACAAAAGCAGCAGCAUGCAUCAAAAUUGGCUCGUGGCCCCUGAUGUAACCAUGUAUUCCAGUCAGGUGGCCCGAAACCUUGUACAAUGCAGCAGUGUCCACAUGGAACGAGGACAGCCCAUCGAUCGUGCCUGCGAGGCGGUGAGACAGUGAUUGAUGACUGUGUUGGCAAGUGGCAGCCAGUAGAGAAAUCGACAUGUAAGUGGCGGAUAGUGAGCGAGAGACGCAGUGGCGGGAGGAGGUGCAAGAGUGGUGGUGGGUGGGGAACGAUUUUCAGUCUGUAAAUGGGUUGGAUGUGAGCUGAGGGGAUCUGUGUGGUGUGUCCUCGUGACAGCUCAGCAGCUAUUCCACAUGUCUGCCUGCAAAGGAAAAGGGGAAGCCUAUCCUCUCUCCUCCUUUCCUAGCCACUGAAAACAGCCGUAUACAGGCUGCCUGUUGUUGUUGCCAUGGUGUUUGGGUGUUCUCGUAAUUGGGACACACACACACAAAGCACAAACAGAAAUCAGUGGGUUGAUGUCAGCUAAAUUGGGAAAGGAUGCAAUUAUCUCCUUUCUCUUUUUCACACACUGAAGUCAUCUCCUCGGUACAAGCUGUUAAAAAUAACCCUCUUUGGACACCCUGACAACAUCUAAUAUUGUGAGAUGUUGUUGAUGAUCAGGCUUAUGAGAGCUCCAUGCUUGCUGCCGUGUAUCAGCAGACAACAGAAUCUGGAAAAGGGGGUGAGGGGGUGGAGGAAGUGAUAACAGAGAUUUUUAUAAGAUGCUGCACAUUCACGUUCCUUAAAAUGUGACCAGCAUUCGCUGUUUCAUCAUGGAGGCUCAGGCACGCUUCUCUCACAAUGGCUGACUUCAUAACACAUGCCGCGUUAUGAAGUGAAAGGGUUAAGGCUGGUACCUACAGUCUUCACACAAAUCGGGAAACAUUUUUUUUUCCUCUAAAAUUGAUCUGGAGGAAGAACCCCUGUCCACUGAAAGGAGUAAUCUGAAUGUAAUCAAAUAAGUAAAUAAGAGUCAAAUCUGACACCAAAUGGUUCACUGAUUGUUAAAUUAAACUGAUGUUUGUUUUUUUUAAUCCACAUACUAUACUAUGAUCAGAAUUACAGUAAAAAGGUGCUUCACCCGCCAAUCAGAAUCAGGGAGCCCCCCUCUUUUCUGCACUUUCUGCAUGGAACAUGUUGCUGGGGAAGGAGGAACAUGCAGCGAGAGACGGGGUAGUCGGAGGAGGGUGGUUUAGCACAACAGCCGUCAACGCAUCGGACUGAGACAAACCCAGCAGAGGAACCCCCCCCCCCCCCCCCCCCUCUCGUCAGAUGAACAUCGCAGCCUCACUCCCUCCUGUCUCCAUCGCUAUCCCUCCCAACUCCCUCCUCCCACGCCUCCCGCGGUCAUAUCUUCUCCAUUAUUCAUUAGUGCACUGUUAGUCCUUCUGCUUACGGCUCACAGCUGCUGCCGUUGUUCCAGCCCAUCCAUUUCCACUUCCAGGCACCUAUCCAUCCAUCCACGGGCAUGGAGACUCUGAGCUGGCCCCUUUGUGCAGCAAGGAGGCAGAGUGGGCUACCAUCUAGCUGCUCUCUUAGCUGCUAAAAGGAAACACACAAGGAGAGGAGAAGGGAUUUUUUUAUUUUUAUUUUUUGCCGUUGACAAAAUCCUGUUCGACUGCCUCCAUAUUUUUUCCAGAUUGGAUUAUAGUUCUGGCUUUGAUUAGGAACGAGAAAACGGGAUCCAAAAUGCCUGAAGCCAAUUACCUGCUGUCGGUGUCUUGGGGUUACAUUAAGUUUAAGAGAAUGUUGAAUCGGGAGUUGACACACCUGUCUGAGAUGAGUCGGUCUGGGAAUCAGGUGUCCGAAUUCAUCUCCAACACUUUCCUAGACAAACAGAAUGAGGUGGAGAUACCAUCACCGACACCUAAGACACGGGAGAAGAAGAAGCAGCAGAAGCAGCAGCUGAUGACACAGAUCAGCGGCGUCAAAAAGAUCUCCCAUGGAUCUUCGCUUUCGAGCAGCAGCAUCUCACGUUUCGGUGUCAAAACGGAUAAGGAGGAGUUGCUGUCCAAGGAGCUGGAGGACCUGAACAAGUGGGGCCUGAAUAUCUUCACAGUUUCCGAGUACUCAAACAGCCGACCUCUCACCUGCAUCAUGUACGCCAUCUUUCAGGAGCGAGAUCUAUUAAAAACAUUUAAGAUCCCAGUGGACACAUUUGUGGCCUAUAUGAUGACACUGGAAGAUCACUACCACUCAGAUGUGGCCUACCAUAACAGCCUGCAUGCAGCUGACGUAGCCCAGUCCACGCACAUCCUCCUCUCUACUCCAGCCCUUGAUGCUGUCUUCACUGAUCUUGAGAUCCUCGCUGCCAUCUUUGCCACUGCCAUCCAUGAUGUUGACCAUCCUGGAGUAUCGAACCAAUUCCUCAUCAAUACAAACUCUGAGCUGGCGCUGAUGUACAACGAUGAGUCUGUGCUGGAGAAUCAUCACUUGGCUGUAGGAUUCAAACUCCUGCAAGAAGACGGCUGUGACAUCUUCCAGAACCUCACAAAGAAGCAGCGACAGUCCCUUCGCAAGAUGGUUAUUGACAUGGUUUUAGCCACUGACAUGUCCAAACACAUGAGUCUGUUGGCCGAUCUGAAGACCAUGGUGGAAACCAAGAAGGUGACGAGCUCUGGAGUCCUGCUGCUGGACAAUUACACAGACAGAAUACAGGUGCUGCGAAACAUGGUGCACUGCGCUGACCUGAGUAACCCGACAAAGUCCCUCGAGCUGUAUCGCCAGUGGACUGACCGGAUAAUGGAGGAAUUCUUCCACCAGGGAGACCGGGAGAGGGAACGAGGGAUGGAGAUCAGUCCCAUGUGCGAUAAACACACAGCUUCGGUGGAAAAGAGCCAGGUGGGUUUCAUUGACUACAUCGUCCACCCCCUGUGGGAAACUUGGGCCGAUCUGGUCCAUCCUGAUGCACAGGAUAUUCUGGACACACUGGAAGACAACAGGAACUGGUACCAGAGCAUGAUUCCCCAGAGCCCCUCCCCACCCUUCUAUGACCAGGGUACUCAUGGACAUGGGGGAGGCACUGGAGGGCAGGGAGGUGGCGAGAAGUUUCAGUUUGAACUGACCCUGGAGGAGGAGGACUUGGAUGGAAUAGAGAAAGAUGAAGUGGAGGAGGAGGAGGAGGAGGAAGAAGAUGAGGAGGCAAUCGGUGAGGAGGAGGACGGCCUAGGAGAUUCUCGUUCUCCUCCUCUGGACUAUCAGGAGCACGACGAGGGUGACGUGUUGGAGCCCACGUCGACAAUAGAGAUCGUGACGCACGAGGCGUCACCCACAGACACAUAGGGAGGGGCUUCCAUCAGCAGGCUCAAGUGCUGAUUUGAAAGCGUUUUGGAAAAAGAGGGAGAUCCUCGUGCAGCUGUGCUUUUUAAGAAGCCCGCAGAAGCAAAGGCUUAGUUUUGGCCCGCAUGGGGCCGUCUUGCACUUGGGUGUUUGAAGCCAGACACGGACAGACAGUUUCAGUGAAGCGGCUCCAGAGUUCUCAGGAAAUAAUUACUGCAAACAUUUUAGUCUUGAUGGUCACGCAAGAAGGACGGUGGAAAUUGAAGAAUGUAGGCCAGUUUGGGAAAUGUUUCUUUUCUGGGCUGGCAGUAAAUGAACAUUGACACUACUGAGAGAAAUUUUGUAACUUAAGACUUUUUUACAGAUAUGAAAUAGAAGUAGCAUACAAUAAGAUCUACUGAUGGAGACACGUUUGUAUAGCAAGAGAAAGUGUUUACUUUUUCCUGUACCAUUUGUCAAAGAACUUUUGUGUGCCUUUUUUACUAAUGUCUUUAUAUAGUUUUUUUUUUUUUUUUUAUUAUUAUUUAUUGAACACUCUAGUACAGUAUGUCUGUGAAAUGUUUUUUCUUAUCUGAGAGAGUAAAAUCAUUUUUGUAUGUUAAAAAGAGAACAGUCUUCCAUGUAUCAGGCAAUAGAGAAAUAUAAUGUCGACAAACAACCCUUAGAUAAAAUCGUCUUAGUAGGGAAACAUAAAGGCGCACAUUUUGUCAGAAUUCUUUCCUAGUCUGAGCACAACAUUGUUUAAUGGAAUUUACACACGGCUACAUUAGUGGUUUGUGUUUUAUGAUGACAUUGUUACAUUCACGUUGUAUGGGUUAAACCCCUAUACAUAUUUUAAUACAUCUACAUACUUGUCAAUGAAAUAUCUGUUGUCUUAAAAUAGUACGAAAACAUUGUGGGCUUCCUAACUCAUCAGACCAAAACUGAAAGUUUCAUGCAAAAUGCACAGUGGGGUCAUGUAUUCCUGCUAGAUGGAGUAAGUGAUUUACUUUUUGUUUUGCAUUUUACGUCAUCUUUCUAUAUGAGAGUGACAUUAAAAUGUGAUUAUUUCAAACAUAAUAAACCAGACCUACCACAUAAUAAAAAUUAAAAAAAAUAAUAAUAAUCCAAACAACUAAUAAUAAGUACCUCUGCCGAGGAGUUUAUAUUUUUGCCACCAAUUUGUUCAACUCCAUGAAAGGAACCUACAGGGCCAAUUUCACCUAACUUACCGGAGGGCAAAUCUCAUGGGUCAUGAGCUGAUGGGUCGAAUCCAUUGCAUAUUGCUGACAGACCAAUUUGACAUAACAAUACAAACCCCAUUUUAUUUGCCUUUGUGGAGGUCUGCUCUUGAGAGUACACUUCUUUAAUCGUCAAAUCAAAGAUGGUGUCCGACAAGGACAAAAUGCACAUCAGCAGUGAUUCUAUUUUUAACUGGCAGGUAUGCUGCAGUCUUAAUAAUCCUGUUAGUUAGAACUACUCCUGAUCCCAGACCCAUCUGAUGCAAAGCCCUUCUGCCCCUAUGCAAUCAGGCCCUGCAGACCACAUGACCACAAGGUGCUUUUCCAGCUGCCAGUGUGAAAGGCGCGCUCAGAGCCUCAUCAGCGCCACUGUUCCCAUGGUUGACAAACCCUCUCGGCUCCAUGGACACGACCCGAAACAAUCAGGCCGGCUAUUUCUUUUCUGUGAUGAAAAUCCCUCAAGCGCUGCUUCCUCCCAAUGACGUCAGUGGGGAGGGAGAAAAAAAAACACACCAAAAAAACUCCCUUUGCCGCAUCAGGUUUCCAGGGCAGUUUGGAUUGUACAAAUUGACACACAUAUAAUUGAAGGUAAUACUUUAGGGAAAAUUAGGUGCUCUAUUUCGACAGCAAGCUGGAACAUUUUCCGGACUUUUGAGAAUAAUUGUUUGAAAAGGGUUUGUCGACUUCACAUUUCCUCUGGCUUCCGCAGCAAAGUUUGUUUGUCUGGUUAAUGAUCACACCUUCAUUGUAUGCAUAUUGGUUUACUGAUGUACUAAAAAUGAUACUUUGUCAAAAAUCACUCCAGGAUAGUUAACUGGCAAUCAUGUGUGUGUUGUAUGCAUUUGCAGUAUGGCAGGUUUUGUAUACAGUAUGUCUGCGUGUAUGCGUGUAUGUUUCAGUGUGAUUAGAUAUGUUGACUUUGCCAUUGGCCUUAUACCUCUCCCCAUCACGCCUCACCUUUGUCUAUAACUGUUUGUUGCUAGAAGCUCAAGUUGGUCUUUUUGCUGUUUAUAACAGUGUAUAUUCUAUAUGUUAAGCAUGUAAAUAAGAAAUACUGGUUCAGUGUAAAAUCAAUUUUCUAAUUUAUAUGCACUUGCAUUACCUGGAAGUGGUGGUGUCUAAUGUGUAGAAGACUCUGGAUUCGAGUCUUGUUUUGUUUUAUAUAUUGUUAUAUAAUUAUAUUUACACACAACACAAUUUAACAUUGUGUAUAUAUCUGCACAUUGUUUUGAGUGCCCAGCAGAGCAGGAGCUAAAGGAAUGUUGUCAUAUGAGAACCUUGUAACAUCAAAAUUACCAAGUUACCAAAGUUUUCCCUUAAUGUAAUGCUGCAUUCAAAUGAUUAUUAUUAUUAUUUUUUUUUAAAAUCAUUUUUAAUAACUGAAUUCAUUUUAAACCAAAAAUGAAACUUGAAAAUAGUAUUGUUGCUUUAACUCUGAUGGCAUUUCACACAUGUCCCUCUUUAUUUCUUUUAAAGAAUAAUUGUAUUUUUAUUUUUCAGAACUCUUAUUUGCUUCCUCAUUUCAUUUUCACUCAUUUUUAUUAAAUGUAUACAAAUCAGGACCAUUACCUUUGAAGGUACAAGGUUGUCAUCUGACAGCAGUUUGGUGAGCCAGAUGUGACAUAGAGGACAUGUUAAACGCCAUCUGCUUGGAAAUAGGAUACAUGCAUAGGUAAGCAGCACAGACACCUAAUCAUUGCUUUGUAUCAAAAUAAACAAAUUGCUUAUUUUAUCUCAGCAGCUUGUUAAACCUGAAGCUUCUAAUUCACAUAUUUAAAUGGCAAGUGCUAAUUUAUAAGAUACACGUUUGAGAAACACAAAACGACAAAUGAUCUCCUUUUACACUUAUUGCACAUCAUGUAAAAGUAGAUGUCACUGCAACAGUAUAGGUGGCAUGCUACAACACGCGCGGGACUCAAUUGAUCUGCGUUAAAAACAAAAUGCUCUCAUGUAACUGUGCUACUGUGUAAACUGUUCCUGACCAAACCUGUUAGCAGUUUUUAAAAACAAUUUUGUUCAGUAUUAACAUUGUUUAUCUAUGUUCACGCUUUUUGGUCCUAGAUGUCCAAAUGGUUAGCCUGAUUUAGCACUAUCUGCAUGAAAGGUGAUUUUUGUUAUUGUCAAUAUUACAUUUAGGUCCACCGGUUGUUGCAGGUGGGUUAAUAAAUGUUUCACACAAUGUAUGGCAUUAUAUUGUAUAUUGUGUUUAAAAAAAAAUAAAUCGGACAUACUUUUUCCAAGAAGCGAUUAAAGUAAAGCAUGACUGUAUUUCA